AUGGCGAGUAUCAACGCGUUUCCGGCGUUGUAUCUCAAUCUCGGCGCCGAGAUGAUGUACGUGUUGGACUCGAGGCUCCGCGUGCAAUCGGAUGUGAGUUCACACUUUACUCGUCGCAACUAUGGACAUUAUUUCAGAGUGUGGAAGAUCGCGAGAAGAGCGACAAAGUGUGCAAAGAGAUUCUAUUGUCGUUUCUCUCGAAGACGCUCCUCGACGAGGUGUUCAAGGCGAAUACGGGAACGCCGAGCCAGUCGGCACUCAGGACGUUCUUCGAGAAAGUCGUCCACAGCUCGAUAAUGCGUCUCAAUCCGAGCAGUAUGGACAAGUUGUACGAUCUGAUGAUGGUGCAUUACAAGUACGCGCUGCUCAAAAUGACGAUGCCCGAGCAGAUAAUGACGGUGACGGCGAAUCACUUGCGCGCGCUUUUGGACCUGAUCCCGCUGGACAAGGACGUCGGCGCCGCCGUCGAGCACGCCUACACACUGGUCUUCACGCGGUACCGAACGCUGGACGCCACGGCCUGGUACAUGUUGCGCUGCUCAAUGCUCACAUUCUUCCAGGACACGCGCAUCAAGGUGUCGCAGUUUGUGCGCGAUGGCCGGCAACUUCCCAACGGGCGGUUCGUGCUUUUCAGCAAAACCGAACCGGUUCAGCUGAUGAAGGACGGACAACCGGUCGGACUUACACAGGUAUUCACGCUUGAGAACAGAGAUUAAUAUCGAAACUUUUUUUUUUGAGUAUUUCGUGAACAAACAGGUCACCAAGACGGAAGAGUUCAUGUCACACUACAAAUUCACGCCAUACGUCGACUAUGUAAGCGUUUGAGAGAGCGUCAAAAGUUAUAUAAAAUUGCCUUCUGCUAAUAUUCGAAAAAGUGGUCAACUGAAAAGUUGUUGCAAAUUUCAAGCAAAACAACUUUGUAAUUGAGCAUUUUGCUCUAAAUCCCAUCCCGUCAGUUUUGAGUUAGAAGCUAGUUUCUAGACAAAAAAAACGUGAAAUGUUUGAAAACACCGGGCUUAAUGCAAUCUCAUAUAACUUUUAGCGCUUGAGGAGCACCUAAUCCUCCUUAAAGACUUAAAAAAUUCGUUUCAGCCAGACACGCUGGACGCCGUGAAACGCUCGACCGACCUGGGCGCCAACUCGUACCGCGGGAGCGACGGAAUGCUCAAGGUACUCCCCCGCCAACCUUUUUUUUCUCUUUCUUUUUCUCAUUUCCUCUCGGCCCGCUUAUCACAAGACUUGCUCAGUCAGACGACGUCGACCGCCUGCCUUUGAUUGCUUUUUCACGUUUUUUUGGUUCUUGUUCAGCUGUCCCCCAACCCCCCCGCGCUCCUCAAAUCUCGAUAUUUGAUUGUAGAUCCAAGGCGGCGGCAGCGGCAACAGCGGCAGCAGCGGAGGAAAAGUGACACGUGGCGACGAGAUGGCCUUGUUCGAAAGUCUGAUGAGCUCGACGACGACGUCAAAUGUUGACGGUGAGUGUGAAAGGGCUUCGCCCGAGCCGAGCCGAGCAGAAUCGAAUCAAUUUUAGGGAGAGGCAUAGUCAUAAUAGGUGGCUAAACGGUUCAGAUUAGACAAAAGUUAGCGUGCCAUAAUGGGGAUAUUCAGCGUAUGUUUGCUUUCCGUUUUUUUUUUCGUUUUUCUACAUCGCUGAAUUGGAUUUUUUGACGUAAAAUAACGAAAAAAAAAACGGAAAACAAUCAUUUUUUUCACAGCCUGAAUAACCCCACAACUUCUCACAGACCACGGCGACCAAAAAAAAAAACGUAGAAAGGGGCGUGGCCUAGCGCGAACGGUUUUGUCACCAUUUUGGCGCGAAAUUCGAAAUUUAGCCGCAUUUUUUCAUGUUUUUCGUCAAAAAUCAACCAAAUUUUGUACGAUUGCGACGAUGUAAUUGCAUAACUUUGUAAAACUAAUCAUCGCGCGCACUUUUUGAGCUUAAAACGAGCAGGUUUCAUUCAGAAAUGAAUCAAUUGAUGCGAUUUUCAAGUUUUGUGCUGAAAAUGCGCGAAUUUCAGUCAUUCGCCGAUACUUUUUGCCGUUUGAACGCUUAAAAUACUUGUAUUAACGUGCUUAAUCACUUCCGACACUCACUUCGUCUCAAAACUAUCCACAUCGGCCGGUAUGAAAAUUCCGAAAUUGCGAAAUAUGCCAAAAACGUCUCAAACGCGGCGUUUUCACGAAAAUUUCAAUGUUUUCUCUGUUUAAUGUCUCUUCUUUCGUCGAUAUCAACACACAAAAAUGGCGGAAAAGUGCUGGAAUUGCGGCAAUUUUGAGAAAACGCGUCUCAGAUUAGGCCACGCCCCCCUUUCUACACUUUUCGUCGCCGUGGCAGACACGUUAAAUUCGCCUCUAACCGCAAUUCUUUUCAAAAAGCAAAAAAAGUAUGAAGCGAUGAAAGUCACUGCCCGUUUUUCUUCCCAGAUUCGCAAAUAUGGGGAAUGAGUUUGUUCGACGACGAGCAAGAGGAGAAGAGCUAUUUGCGCGCGGCGUCCGAGAAGACCAAAGUGACGCGCAUCGACGCGAGCCAAAAGAAGAAGAGUUUGAAGUCGGCGAUGGAUGAGCUGGUGAGCACCGCAUGUCACGUUUUUGACGUUCUAUCCAAUGAUUCUGUGCAGAAACUCGAAAAGCGUCCGCCGACGGCGGCUGGUGAGAAGAAGAAGAAGAAGACGAAGGGGGCAAGUGUGCUGGACCUAAUGGAUGAGGCGGCGGCGCGUCCGGCCACUGCCAAGACCAAAGGUAGGGCAUCAUGGCCUAGGAAAUUGUUCGGCCAUCUCCCUUCCUGACCGUUCAUUGUUUCAGUGAAGCGAAGCGAGUCUUCUGGAGCGGCGGCAAAGCCACGUACUCGCAGCGGCUCGCGUCCGACCACAAACGCGACUGAGAGAGCAUCGAGUGCGGCUCCGAAAAGAGCGGCGUCGGCGAAAAGGAAGCCAGUUUGA